AUGGUCUGCUCAAAAUGCCAAAAGAAACUCAAAUCCACCGAACUAGCCACCCCAGGCGUCAAACGCAAGAGUGAAAUGUACUACGGUUCGCCAUCGACCACGCUUGGAGGGGGCGGGGAGUCCUCUAAAAAGGCGACGUUGGGGAGUACGGGUAUUGGGAAGAGUAAAUUGCUCACGUCGAAGGCUAAAAAUCCGUACGCGGCGUAUGCGUCUGCUUGUGAGAAUUGCAAGACCAAGACGGAGCAAGGGAAGAAAUUCUGUCAGCGGUGUGCUUAUCAGAAGAAUGCCUGUCCUAUGUGUGGCAAGGGUUUGGCUGGGAAAUCCUCAAAAGACCAGCCGGUAGUUCAGGGACAAAAGUUCAAUCUAAAAUAA